GCGCUUCAUGCAUCCAUCUUCGAUCAGCUAUGAAGGCAUCAUCAUCAGGAACAAUACCAGUACUGGUAAUAACGGCCAGCAUCAUCGUCAUCGUCUUGUCUUGCCUGAGGAUGAGGAAAACGCGGCGGGGACGACGGGAACGGCCACCGCUGCCUCCGGGCCCCAAAGGGUGGCCAGUGGUAGGAAGCCUGCUGGAGAUGAUGAAGGCAGGGCGGCGGGGUACGAUGACGCCGUCGAGGUGGAUACUGAAGCUGAUGGGUGAAAUGGGGACGGAGAUGGCGUGCGUGCGUCUGGGAAACACUCACGUCAUCGCCGUCACCUCCCCGGAGCUCGCCACAGAGUUCUUGAGGAAACAGGACGAGUGUUUCUCAUCAAGGCCCACUUUCACGUCCCUAAAGCUCACCACGGGCGGGUUCAAGACCGUGUUCUCCAUGCCGCCGCACGCCAACUGGAAGCGGAUGAGACGAAUUCUGGCUUCCCACGUGCUCUCGCCCGCCACCCACGACUGGCUCCACGACAAGCGCGCGGACGAAGCCAACCAUCUCAUCCGCUUCCUCUACCACCACUACCACACCACCUCCGGAUCGCCCGUGAACGUGAGGGCCGUGGCGCGGCAGUACUGUGGGAAUGUCAUUCGGAGGCUGACCCUUGGGAAGAGAUCGUUUAAUAACGACGUCAACAACGACAACGACAACUUAUGGGGACCGCAAGAAGAAGAGCAUGUGGAGGCAUUCUUCACCCUCCUCAAAUACACCUUCGCCUUCGGCAUUGCGGACUACAUCCCAUGGCUCGCCCCGUUGGACAUCGACGGUCACAUUAGCAUCCUAACGAAAGCCGUCCACACGGCGAGAAAGUACAUCCACCCCGAAAUCGACGAGAGGAUUCUCAUGUGGAAGAACGGCAACAGGACGGUGAAAGAAGACAUGGCUGACGUUUUAAUCACCCUCGUGGACGAGGUCGAUGGAUCGCCACUGCUCACCCACCACGAGAUAAAAGACCUGAUUUUCGAAAUGAUGAUAGCAACAAUGGACAACCCAUCAAACGCUUUCGAGUGGGCGCUGGCGGAGAUGCUAAUGAACGGCCGUGGUGAAAUGCUAGAAAAAGCGAGAGAAGAGUUGGACAGGGUGGUGGGGAGGGAGAGGCUGGUGGAGGAGUCGGAUCUGCCUCGCCUGAACUACGUGAAGGCGUGCAUAAGGGAGGCAUUCCGACUCCACCCCAUUGCCCCCUUCAACGUCCCCCACGCUUCCACGAGCUAUGCGGUGGUGGGGGGCUAUUUCAUCCCCAAAGGGAGCGUGAUCCUUGUGAGCCGUUACGGGCUUGGUCGGAAUCCAAGGGUCUUCGAAGACCCGCUCAAGUUCAUGCCCGAAAGACACCUGGUGAAUAAUGGUAAUGAUCAUAAUGAUGAUGGAGAAGAAGAAAUGGUCAAGUUGGUGGAUCCAGAGUGUAGGAUACUGUCGUUCGGUACGGGGAGACGGGGCUGCGUUGGUGUGAGGUUAGGUACGGUCAUAACGACAAUGCUCUUCGCUCGUCUUCUCCAAGCCUUCACCUGGACCGCUCCCCUUCCUGUAUCUCUAACUGAAUGUUUGGAAAUGGGUUCGGAUCCAAAGAAAGUUUAUGGGUUUGAAGAAGUAGCCAAACACGACCAGACCAAUGAUUGCUGGGUUAUCAUCCAUGGAAAGGUGUAUGAUGUGAGUCCAUUCAUGGAAGAUCAUGCGGGGAGCGAGGUUUUGCUUGCAACAACUCGGAAGGAUGCGAGCAAAAACUUUGAGCAGGUCGGGCACAGCGAGGAUGCUCGAAACAUGAUGGGCAAGUAUUACAUUGGGGAGAUAGACUACAUGUCCACUGUUCCGUCAAAGCGCCUCUACACGGGCAGCCCACGCCGUCCCCAAGCUCAAGACGGCAUUAACUCCCACUACAAGAACCCGGAUUUCGUGAUCAAGGCUUUGCAGUUCCUCCUCGUGCCCCUCUUGAUUUUGGCAUCGGCAUUUCUGGUCCGUCGAUCUCUGCACCAAGGAGAGAAAUCCAGAAGGCUAAGGAAUAUCUCCACAUCUUGCCGAUCGAACAACACAAGUGUGAUUGCUGAGGCUAAUAUAUCAUUGAUGCAGUAACUGUUAAGCUUCCAAACCUUUGAGUGAACCUAUUGCCGAUGCAGUUCAAGCAAAUUAGUUAAAGAUCCAAUGGAAAUAAUCAAGUUGGCAAUCAUAAGUUAGAUGGGAGCUUAUCUGAAUGUUGACCAAAAAAAUUGAAAUGUCCAAACUUUAAAUUGGUCUGAGUUCUGAGCUGAGAGACGACAUAUCAGCUACACAAGAAGCUAUUCGAGGGAGGCUGUGGUUGUUUCAACUUGCCUUCCAAAUAUCAUCCCCUCCAUGGUGUCAAAGAAAUCUUCCUUUCUCGGGUUGUUUCAACUUUGCCUUCCAAAUAUGAAUUCGAGGGAGGAUAUCAGUUUCUUUGAUGAGGGAGCACAACUGAGAACCACAUAAAAGGCUUCCUUUCUCGGGUGGUAAUAGAGUUGCACCCUAGAGGCCGGGUGGUGCUGAUUAUGAAUCAAUUAUAUUCUAAGACAAUGGAAAAAUUAAUACCAUCAUUUGCUGCAUCUCUAGCAAAGCCGAUCACGGAACGACCUCUGUCUGAAGAGGAAGAAAGACCUCAUCAUCAGGUUUACCAUUACAACCACCCUUAUCAGAUUCCAGAUAUUUUGAAGAGCUUUAGAUUCGG